GGGAAGCGGUUGCCGGUUGCCUGAGAAAUUUUCUGGCGAACGACGGCGGGAAACCGAUGGAUCUUGAUUUUAAUUGCACGAAUCCGAGUGCCUGGAGAGAAGCACUCUCCUCUUACGAAUCGCGCAUAGAGUCUCUGAAGAAGCCCGACCUCAUUUCUCUCGAUGACUUUUACCGGAACAAGCUCCCGACUCGCCUCCGUGAACGGAACCCUAACCCCUUUCUCACCACCUCCGAGCUUUCCCUCCUAAUGCAAUGGAAGCUUACCCGCGGAAAAUGGAGGCCGCGUUUGUUGAACUUCGUGUCUUCUUUGGAUGACUCUGUGGUGAAAUCCGCUUCUCAGAAGGCUUUUGGAUCGCUCCCUGAUGUGUCCAAGGCUGUCUCCGCGCUUACGGUCUUGAAAGGCGUCGGUCCAGCGACGGCCUCUGCCAUUUUAGCUGCUUACGCACCAGACAUAGCCCCCUUUAUGUCCGACGAGGCUAUGGAGGCAGCUCUUGGCAAUUCAAAAGACUAUUCAUUGAAACAGUACCUGCUGUUUGUUGAUAAACUACAAACCAAAGCCAAGGAUUUAAGCUUGAAUGGGGACUCCUUCACACCAUCAGAUAUAGAAAGAUCUCUAUGGAGUUCGGCCAUUGGGGCAAAGCUCUUAGCUUCACAAUCAAAUCCAGACACCGAGGCCAAGGGAAGCAAAAACAAGAGGAAGAGAAAAAGUUGAUUUACAAAAUCAAUCAAUAUACAUGAACAUGCUAAUGGAAAGAGUAUGUACGAUUUCCAUGACUCUAACGAAUGGACCAUAGUAGUCUAGUCCCCAUGGUGGAAGACAUAUCACCGUGAACUGCUCCAACGUUGUCGAUGAAAAUCCAAAUUAUGCAAGGCUGUUAACCCACUUUUGAAGUAAGCUUUUGUCGGUUGGCACUUCUAUGCCCCCACGGGAGCAGUUUCAAUUCCGUUUGGGCCUUUAUUUGCAAAAUAAGGGCCUGUUCAAAUUGAAAUGAGCAAGUGGGCCCAAAGCUUACUUAAAAAAAAAAACGCAACGGUCACAUAGUGGGCCCAUAAGCCCUUUCAAAUUGCAAAAAUCCUUUCCCACUCAUUUUUCUUGAGAUUCGCGUAUAAAAGAAAAUUUAUUGGCGGGUCCACAUUGCCAUUAUUCGCUUCUCUUCUUGGGUCCCCCGAAACAAAUUUUUUUGUUAUUUCUUCCCCGUCAUUGUAAUUGAGU